UUUUUAUCUGUGAUUGCGUGUUGCGUCCUUCGCGAGAAGGGAUUAUUUUUUUAAUAUAUAUUUAAUAAAAGCUAGAAACAAAACCACGCCAUAUUUUAAAUCAAUGUUUCAUGGACCGUGCAGUUAACAUUGCAAUAAAUAUAAUUUCUACACUUUUACUAUAUCGGUUAUUUUGACGCAUAGUUUCAUGGCUUCAAAUGCUGUUGCAUAGUGAAGUCUCCCAAUAUGGGAAAUAAAUUUCAAAUAUUUUAAUUGUUCACUUUGUGCGUUGUUCUGAUAUUGCCUUAAUAAGUAAGCAUCGAGGUCGUGCUAAAAGCGGUGUGAUUUGAAGUGUAAUAAUGGUUAUGUGGACUAUUUUAAAGUCAUUGAACCUAAGUGCGGCGUGCUGACAUUGUGUCUUGUGCAUCGAAAGCAUGUAAAUAAACAUGAACGAUAUAGGCAUUAAAAUAGUGGAAUCUCCGAAAGACCGGUUGCUGGGAGCCGAAGUGUCCCCUGCGCCGGAGUUAGGAAACGAAAAUGAAGUCGAUCCCUUGUCGAUUGAUGAUGAUGUUGCUGUAAAGAAUCCGAUUGUGGUUUCUGAUGAUAAAUCAGUGAGAGACGAAAUUCAGGAGAGCUGUGAUGAUAAUGCCAAAGAAGAGCCAAUAAGUGAGCCACAGAUUAACGAUAGUAAUAAAUUACAAGUGUCUGAGACAGUUAAAGAGAACAUUAAGGAGGAAAGUGUGAUAGAAGCCGUACCAGAAGAGAAUGCAGAACCAAUUGAGGUAAACAUUGACGCACCCAAGCAGGAAGGCAAUGUUGGAGACUGUAAUGAAGGACUGGACCAUCCUGUAAGUGUAGCUUUGGAAAAUAAAGAGCCUGAACCUGUACCCGUCACAGUGAGGGACAGUCUUAAGGAAGUGAUAGAAGUUGAGAAUACUACUGAUGUGGAGAUGACAGAUGUUCAGCUGGUUGAGAAACUUGAAACAGAACCUAAGCCCAAUAUACAGGCUGUUAAUGGUGAUAUAACAAAGGAGGAACAAUCACACAAAAGACGAGCCAGUGAAGAUGUAGACACUGAAUCUCCUUUGAAAAAACUUUGUGCUGAAGUAGAAAAAACAUUUCCGCAACAUGACAUAAUGAUAAAUGAUUACAUACACACCGCCACAAAGAACAACAUAGAUGAAAUACAGAGGCACACAGAACAAUUACUAUCUGAAAUACAGACAUUACGAGAACUGGCCCAGAAAAAGGAACAUGAAUGGAACAACAUAUUACAUUUGAAAAAAGUCAAAGAAGAAAUAUUACUAAGGCUUCUUAGGCGAAAACAAGUUCUCUCGUUCGAGAAGAGUGCUGAUGUGAAUGGUGCUGAGAGAACUGAUCCUUUCGAUUAUCUAAACCAAGCUAAGAACUUGGCUAUUGACAAGAGUGAUGAGAUAUCUGGAUUAGCAAUCAAGCAGCCGGGGUCAGCUAUGAUCAACACUAUCAUCCAGCCACCAGUCUUACCUGUUACCUCACACUUUAAUCCUAUGUCAGGAUUACCGCCACCAUACGAUAAAGCAGCUCACAUGCAAUCAAUGCCAAAGCCUGUAUUCCCACAGGCGAUGAUGAUGCCAGGACCAAUGCCAGGAUUUCCCAGAGACAUGAAUGGGCAACUGCCGGCGUUUGGUAUGCCAAUGGGUCGUCAAGGACCAACGAAAGAUGUCAAAUCUAUAAUAGCUGAUUAUAGACAAAGAAACCCUGAAAUAACUCCUCGGAGAGGGAGAAGAAUGAAGUCUAUAGUAAAUCCCAAUAUGAUGAACACUCCGAGGCCGAUUGCACCUAAAGUUGACAAUAUGAAUAAUUUAAGUAACCUCAACAUGUUAUUCAACAAUUUAGAUAUGAACCAAAAAGCAAUGCUGGAACGGCUGCAACAAAUCCAAGCAGGAAGUCUUCCAAACGGUUUAUCAUUCAAAGAUGUGCUCGUGCAGUUAGCGAACAUGCAACAAAACAAUCUAAUGCCCACCAGGCCCGUCGAAACCAUGACCAACCGACCAGAACAUCAUAUCAGACCAGAGAGUAGGAGGCGACAAGAGAGAAACGAAGAAGCCCAUAUGAUGGCCAAGCAAGCGGAGCGGAUGGCGGCCUCGAGUCCAAGACUGCCACCACCACCUCCAUAUCCAGAAAUCUCACUGCUACCAGUUACGACCAGUCAGGAAACGGCACAAUCACAGCAGAACUCCUUACUACAUGGGAUUUUGACUAAGCAGGCGCCCCCCGCCUCUCAGAGUUACUCGCCGACGUUGGCUAAACUGCUUACGUCGCCGGAACGGAAACAGAGCGCUCCGCCGUUGCCAACUUUCGGUCAGGCCAAGAACUGUGGCGAGAUCACCAUCACCCCGGUGCAGCCCGCGCAGCCGGAACCCGCCGCGGAGAAAACGGAAGUGGUGCAGCUGGAGGAGGAAGAGAGCGGCGCGUCGGAGGAGUCGGGCGCGUCGGGAGCGUCGGGCGCGUCGGGCGCGUCGGGCUCGGGCUCGGGCUCGGGCCGGCUGGUCAUCGACGAGGGCGCGGACGACGCGCCCACGUGCCAGGGCUGCCGCGCGCGCCUGGCGCAGUUCGUGUGCGCCGGCUGCGCCAACCAGUGGUACUGCUCGCGCGACUGCCAGGUGGCGGCGUGGGACGAACAUUCGGAGAUGUGUUCCGGUUGAAAUAAUCUAACUAGCAAGUUCUUAUAAAGAAAUUACCAGAGUCGCGACACGAGCCGCAUUGCAUUGCCUUACGAUAUAUUUUAAAGCGGUUUUGGUGAAUCUCUAUAUUGUUUAUCGUUAUUGGUGAGGUUGUUUUUGUAAUCUGUCGAAGUACCCAUCUAUCUUAAUAUUAAUUUCUGUAAAAAUAUAUUUUGUAUUAGUACGUUAUGAUCGACGUAAGACCAUGUUUUGGUCGUUUAUGAAAGUGGGCGUUCAAGUAUUAAGUACGCAGUUUUUUAAGUACACUCCGGACAUCCUUACAUUUACAUGCGAAUGCAAAAAAAAGGACAAAACCCACCGCAAUUGAAGAAGCGUAAGUGUUUAAGACUUAUGUUCAAUUCAAAGAUAAGUUUAUUUACAAUAAUUGCGUACAUCACUUCUUAAAUAUAUGUAUGUAAUCACGGACUACAGCAGUACAUGCAUCGACAAUCUCUGCCACAUAUAACGCGUGCGUGGUUUAUCACUUGGGUCAAGCUACGAUGACCCUAUUCCAUCUCUAUCGUUUGGUGGCAGAAGCUAUCUGUACGAAAGAGAUAAAACAUAAACAUGUAGCGACACACACAUGUAUAUAUGUGAACAA